AUGGGCGCCGAGCACAAAGAGGACGGCGGGCUGAGCCUGCACGGGGAGGGGGCGGCGCGGCGCCAGGCCACGGGGGAGCUGCUGUUCUUCGCCAGCGUGGGGGACGUGGAGCGCUGCACCAAGCUCAUGCGGACGUGGAACCUGAAUGUGGCGGACCCAGCGUGCCACGACUACGACAGGAGAACCCCGCUGCACCUGGCAGCGGCGGAGGGCUGCCACUCGCUGGUGCAGUGGCUGCUUGAGGAGCACCACGUGGACCCAAACCCUGUGGACCGAUUCAAGAGGACGCCAUUGGAGGAUGCUGUGCGAGGGGACCACAAAGAAGUUGGGAGGCUUUUGAUGGCACAUGGGGCCAAAGUUCUUGACAGAGAUGGGGUGCUUGUGGACCUCUCGGAGUCCCACCUGUCACUUAAUAUCAGCCUGCUUGGCGAGCACGAUCUGGACAUUGAGAUUGACCCAAAGGACAUCACAUUUGUGUCCCAGUUAGGUGAAGGAGAGUUUGGCAUCGUCCACAAGGCGCUUUGGCACGGCACUGUCGUGGCUGUGAAAAUCCUCAAACAGCACACCACUGUGGCCCUUGGAGACUUUAGGACAGAGUUGAACGUCUUGCAGAAAGUGCACCACCCUCACACAGUCCAAUUUCUUGGGGCCGUGACCCGAAGCCAGCCAUUCAUGAUCGUCACAGAGUUCAUGGCGGGGGGCUCCCUGAGUGACGUCUUCAAGUCCGGCAUCAAACUCUCAAAUCAGCGGUCUGUGGAGCUGGCCCUGGACUGCGCCCGGGGAAUGUCCUACCUGCACAGGCGCUCGCCCCACUGUGUCAUCCAUCGCGACUUGAAGCCCGCCAACCUGAUGGUGGGGGGCCACUCGCUGUCAUCUUCCUCUGGGGCUCGCCGAAUGAUCGUGGAAACAGGCUGCGUGAAGAUCGCCGACUUUGGCCUGUCCAGGUCCAUCAAGACAAAGCUGUACACACGGCACGCCCAGAGGGACCUUGAAGACAUCAAGGCAGCAAGGGCUCUGGGUAACAGGAUGAUGUCAAAAGACAGCCUCAGUGAAAUGACAGAGACCUACCAAAUGACAGGCGAAACGGGCUCCUACAGGUACAUGGCCCCAGAGGUGUUUCGCCACGAGCGCUACAACAGCAAAGUGGACGUGUACGCCUUCGCCAUGAUCUGCUACCAGCUCUUUGAGGGGCUGCCCCCCUUUUGGGAGUACGACCCAGUCAUGGCGGCGAGGGCUGCUGCUGUCGAGAAGCAGCGCCCCCUGUGGGGCUACGUCUCGCAGCAUGGCCAAAGGAUCCCGGAUAAGAUGAGGAAGUUGAUCGAGGACUGUUGGGCUGAGGAUUUCGAGAAGCGGCCAGACUUCGGGGAGAUCACAGAGCGGCUGCAGGACAUAUGGAACGAUCUGGAGAAGAAGAAAUCCGACAAAAGGGGCAAGUGCUGCUGUGUGCAGUGA